AUGGAUGACGGCCCCGUGCCCAAGCUGUCCGAACUGCUUCGGCAUCCGGACGACCUCGACAAGAUCCCCGCGCUGAAGCUGGAAUUCUCGCGUAAAAAGGGAGCCGUUGACGGCCAACUACGGAAUGGUCUCCGCGAACAGCUCGAAACCACCCAAUCGGGUAUGACGGGCCUGAGCGACGGCCAAAAAACAGUCCAGCUCAUCAAGGAAGAAAUGAUGAAGAUUGACCGCCUCUGUUCCGAAUCCCAAAACAUGAUCAAGGACUUUGCCAGCAUAAACCUGGUGUCCCAAGCCCACAGAAACUUUGUUGCCGUCGAAACAAUGAGACGCGAUCUGGAGACCUUCAACGAUCGGCUGACCGUCGUGGAGAACAUGCUACGACAGGACGAUGCCGACCAGGAGAACAUGCCCAAUUUGCUGCCGUGCCAUUACGAGCUGACGCAGCUGAGGAACAUUCGAGACGAUGCCAUGGAGCAGAUACAUAGGGCGGAAGACCCUGGGCUGGAGUCGACGCUGGAGGACUACUUUGCCAGGCUGGACGACACGAUUGACUGGUUUGACGAGCACGUCGGUCUCUUGGCAAUGGACCUGAUCAGCCUUGUUAUCAAUGAAAACAAUGGGCUCGUGGUCCGGUUUGCCGUCGUCAUUGAGGCCGAAGAGAAGAGCGACCAGCGCGUCCUGGCCCUGCAAGAAGCGCUCAAGGACCACGAAGAAAUGGCAGCCCGGUUCCAGAGCAUCACAGACGGCGCCAAGAAGGCCCGCGGCUACAAGGACAAGUUUCUGCAGGCCAUCAAGCUCGGUGCUGAGCAGCAACUCGAGCAGUCCCGCGAAGAAUUCCUAGACGACGCCUCGAAGCUCGAGGGGAUUAUGAAGUGGUACUUCAACGACCUCAACGCCGUGCGGGUCGGCAUGACGCCCCUCAUGCCCAAGAAGUGGAAGAUUGGCAAAACGUACGCCGAGAUAUACCACCAGCUCAUGCACGACUUCCUCAUCGGCAUGAUCGAAGAUCCGGAAACCACAUCUGCCCACAACCUCGAAAUUAUCAGCUUCCCUGAGAAGUACUACCGAAAGAUGGCCAAGAUGGGCUACAGCCAGGAAGAUCUCACCCCCCACGUCAUUGACAACCGCGAGGCCGAGCUCGUCCGCGACUUCCGCCAGCUCAUCAUCAAGUUCCUCGACGAGUGGAUGGACCGCAUCUUUAACCAAGAAAAGAAGGACUUUGCGGAGCGCAACGUCGAGGGCUCCAACCUCGACCAAGACGAGUACGGCUACUUCCGCACCAAGAACCUCAUCGCCCUCUGGCGCAUGCUCCGCGAGCAGAUUGAUGCGGGCGCCAACUCGAAGCGCUCCGACGUGAUAGAGGGCGUCAUCGACGCCAUGUUCCUCCGCCUGCGCACCCGCCAGCAGUCGUGGCAGCGCAUGCUCGAGGAUGAGGCGUCGCGCUACGAGGCCGGCAAGGUCCCCGAGCUGGAGGGCUUCCAGGCCCUUCAGGACUGGCUCGUCGCCACGGCCAACGACCAGAUCGCCUGCAUCGACGACAACGACGAGGAGUCGCGCCUGGGCUACCUCUCGUCCUUCCGGACAAACUUCGAGCCCCACGUCACGCCGCAGUAUCUCGAGCGCGGCGAGUCGGAGCUCAACGCUCUGCGCGACUCGUACGUCGACUUCUCGACCUGGUGCAUUACCAAGUUUGCGCACCUCAUCUUCGCCGUCGACUUCCGCGCCGUCAUGCCCGACUUCUUCACGCCCAAGUGGUACGCCAACACGGCCAUGAAGCAAAUGGUGGUCACUUUUGAGGAGUAUGUCAGCGACUACCGCCAGGUCCUGCACCACUCCCUCGUCGACAUCUUCAUCGAGAUCUUUGCCGACGAGCUGCUGGUCCGCUACCUGCUCUCCGUGCGCAACAGGGGCGCCAAGUUUCGCCGCGCAGACCCCUUCCGCGACAAGCUCUUCAACGACAUCUCUACAGCCUUUGAGUACUUUAGCAACCUGCCCAACCCAGACGUCGGCAACUCGAUCAAGCAGACGUGGAGGGUUACGGAGCCCUUCCUCGGCCUGCUGACCUGCGACAAGGAUGCCGUGGCGGACGAGUUUGCCGCCUUCAAGGCGGCCUAUUGGGACUUGCACAUCUCGUGGGUCGAGUCCGUCUUGAAGUCGAGGGAUGAUUUCGAGAGGAGCAUGCUGAAUGCCGUCAAGGCGAGGGCGGCGCAGAUAGGCGUCGUAAGGGGGCCCGAGACAAUCAUGAGCAAGGUCAAGUAG